UCGCCAACCGCCCGCCAGCAGCCCGGUCCUCGCUCCCUCGUCUUCCGGGGCGCACCCCUCUCCAGCUCCUUGCCGCUGCCUCCGGGGAGUCCCCCAGGUCCUGGGGCGCCCCGCUGCUGCCCCCUCGCCUCCCGGGGCGCUCCCCGGCUGCCUCCCUGCCCCCCAUCCUCCCAGGGCACCCCGCCUCCGUUCUCCAUCUCCCCCUACCUCCGGGACUAGCCGGCUCCUCGCUUCCAUCCCCACCCCCCAGAGGCCCCACCCCCAUGCGGAGACCGACCGCACCUCCCGCGGCGCCCCCACAUCCCCGGGCGGUGCUCCUCGGCCCUACCCCCGGGGCUGGGUUGACACAAUGGGCGCCCCGGCUGGGCGUUAUUGUCCGCGGCGGCGGCCCAGCGCCUGCAUGGGGAGGGUGUGGGAGGUGUAGGGCGAGCCCGGCUACCCUCCGGGUAGUUCACCUCUGCAGGUGGGGGUGGGGAGGUCGGUGCUACCCCGCGGCAUCCUCCCAGCUCCCCCCGGGGGGCCGAGGGGCAGUGGGUGCCGUGAACCCGGCUCCUGGGAGGGGGGGCAGAGUCUCCCCGCGCCGCCCCACAGCGGCUGGGGGGCGAGAAAAGGCGCUUUCUUUCUGCGAGCUCUUCUGGAACCGAUUAAGCAGCUGGGGCCUUGAGCCUGAACAAACACCACGUCUUAAUGGAACCUCCUGCCGCGAUGGGAGUAGCGGCCCGGCGCCCCCACUUCGCGUGUCCGCCCGAAUCCAGGCAGAGUUGAGGUCCUUUGGUACUGAAGAUCGUCCUACAGAUAGGCCUGCCCCCCCAAGAGAGGAGACUUAUGAAUACAUCAUUUUUCGUGGAAGUGAUAUCAAGGAUAUUACUGUAUGUGAACCUCCAAAAGCUCAGCACACACUCCCUCAGGACCCUGCUAUUGUUCAAUCUUCUCUGGGCUCGGGCUCGGCCUCCUCCUUCCAGCCACAUGUGCCUUAUAGCCCCUUCAGAGGGAUGCCGCCCUACAGCCAGCUGGCCGCCAGCUCCCUACUCAGCCAGCAGUACGCUGCUUCCUUGGGUCUAGAGAAGUUGGUAAGCCCUCCAGCCUCAGCCGCAGCUUCCAGUCCUAGUUCUUCUCCAUCUCCACAACCAGUUUCAGAACUUGACAUGUCCUCAGAGCCACAUCAGCUCACUUCCAAGGGACCUGGUUUUCCUUCUGUCCCAGUCGGCAAGAGCCCCAUGGUGGAGCAGGCUGUGCAGACUGCUACUGUUGAUAACCUGAACGCCAAAAAACUGUUACCCAACAAGGGCACUUCAGGGGUGCAGCUCAACGGCCGGCCGGCACAGCCUAGCAGCAAGACCACUAGCGAUGUAGUUCACCCAGCAGCUGUGCCAACUCAAGGGCAGGUGAAUGAUGAAAACAGAAGACCUCAGAGGAGGCGAUCAGGGAACAGACGAACCAGAAAUCGCUCCAGAGGGCAAACCCGCCCAACUAAUGUCAAAGAAAACACAAUCAAGUUUGAAGGAGACUUUGAUUUUGAGAGUGCAAAUGCCCAGUUCAACCGUGAAGAGCUGGACAAAGAGUUUAAAAAGAAACUGAAUUUUAAAGAUGACAAAGCUGAGAAAGGAGAGGAGAAAGACACAGCAGUGGUGACCCAGAGUGAUGAGGUCCCUGCUGAGGAAGACCACCUGGGACCCAACUGCUACUAUGACAAAUCCAAGUCCUUUUUUGACAACAUCUCCUCUGAGCUGAAGACUAGUUCCAGGAGGACCACAUGGGCUGAAGAGAGGAAGCUCAACACAGAGACAUUUGGGGUGUCAGGAAGGUUUCUUCGAGGCCGGAGCUUCCGAGGUGGAUUUCGAGGUGGCCGGGGCAAUGGUACAACCCGUCGCAACCCAACUUCCCACAGAGCAGGGACCGGCAGGGUGUAAGGAUGCAGCUGAAGGUUCCUAUUGAAGCAGCACAGAAGUGAAGCUGUCUUAAAGGACAUUGGGGAACACUGCACUUAUGGGGGAGAUGUGGUCACUUUGUUUACUGAGUUUGGAAAAUUCCCAUAUGACUACUUAUGUUUUGUACUUUACUGAACUUGGACAUGUUCUGAGUUAGAACCACUUGUUUGGGGAAGUAUUCAUGGGUAACCUCUUUGAGGUGUCUUGACCUUUCUUUCCUCUUUGAUUGUACACAGCAUAACUGAAGUUUUGGCAUUUUGCAAAAAGGUUUCUAGAGCAAAAGCUUAAACAACUUCACCUUGUGACUGUUUUGGACCUCUGACUUGUAAAGUGAACCAAAUCACAUUUGGCAAGUGCAUUAGCCAAGCACAUCUCCAGCAUGGCUGGCUCUUGGUGCUGCUGGCUUGGCACCCCACUGCUGAAGUGGGGUCUCGGGUCAGGCAGGGAGGACCCGCAUAUGGGGGUGGGUGGGCCUAGACAGGGAAAGUGAUAAUGUCCCAUGGAUCAUGUUAUAUAAACAAACAAGACAACCCUGAUGUCCAGAGAUGUGGUGUCAAUGUUUGAGGCUGUUGAGGGGAGGACUCCUAGAGACAUAGGAGGACCCUUACAUGAGCUCAAACUGCGGCAGACAGAGCCUGGCUUCCAUAGGAAUCGAGGUUGGAGGUGGAAGCUCAGGACAAGCCUCCAUGGCUUUCCCAUCCUUCCUGCUCUGUCCCUGCCAACCCUGACUUGAGUCAGUGUUGGACCCUGGCUGAACUCUGUUCGGUGUCUCAACCACUUGGAAAUGAGCCAAGUUUUUUUUUUUUUUUUUCUUUUUGAUGAGGUCAGUUGACCAAGUACAUAUUUCUUUCAACUGUAAAUAGUUCUGUGUUUUUGUUUUAUGGGUAGGUGGAGGGAGGGUGGGGAUAUAAAUUAGUUGCAUGAGUAAAUGGGUCAGACCUUUAGUUAAGCAUGCAUCCUCUGAUGGACAGGGUAUUGUGUUGAACAUAAGCACCUUGGCAACUAAAUUCCUUAAAAUAGCUAUAAAGGUUUUAGUUCUGUAUUAAGUUACUGUAAAAGCUUGGGUUUAUUUUUGUAGGACUUCAUGGCUAAGAUUUAGAACAUAGCAAUGGGAUUGCUCUGUUGGAGUAAUGUAAAUUGUAAUUAUAAAUAAACAUGCAAACCUUUCAGA